AUGAAAACUAUGCACGCAGCGGUGGCCCGACACGCAGGCAGGAGCCGAUACGGUUCAACGGAUACCAUCCUAGAUAUGACAGCCCGCGAGGUUCAGGAUCCUUACCUUAUUGUGGUGACCCAGCACGUGGAAAGUCUCUUCAGGAUGAUGGCCAGAUGCAACCGCAUGGGCUGGGAGGCAGCACAGGACACUUGGAGAGUGGUCUGGAAGCGGCUGGAGGCUGCGAAGCACGGCUGGUCCGUGGUCACCGGACCCAUCUCAGCCAUGUGUCAAUACCUCCGCGACCUCCAGGUCGACGGCCACGAUCCUUCCCGCUGGGUUUUUGAGGAACGUGUUCUUGAGAUCAAGCCUUAUGAGGUUUCGGUUGUCUGUCAAACCUCGUCCUUCCUCACGGACAUCAUCAAGACCCAGAGGUCUCGUCGCAUGGGAUCGGCCUCGUCGGCAGCGGGUGCUGGUGGCGGGGUCGACUGGACCGUCCCGCGUCGCCUGCUCAAGUCAGUGCGCACUAAAACUACCCGGUACGCUUAUCGGGCGGUUUUCCAAGGGUCCAUUCUCCAUAACGGCAACGGUGGCAAGGAUGUCUGUAAGUUUUGUGGUGAUUCCGGAACCACCUUGCGCCACCUCAUGUAUGAGUGCCCUUCCUUCCCCGGUGGCAUGCGGUUACCGGGGUACGUUCUGGCGGAGAAGCGCCGUUUCCCUGAGGACUGCCUGUGGCUUCGGGGUAUGCUUCCCCUUAAAUACCUCCCAGUCGCUCGGAUGCUGGCCUUGUCGGAAGAUGAUGAGGAAUGGAUGCUCCUUUGA